GUUCCGGACGACCGACUUCCCAAUCCGCCUAUCCAGAAACAGGCUAUCCAAUAUGACAUUGGACCAGAAGGGAAACAAACAGUAAAAGCCUGUCCCACUGGCCGGAAACAGUAUGAUUGUGUCGAAGCGAUUUACGGAAGUCAUGGGGUGAUUCAAGAGGUCAAUGUCAUUAAUGUCAGAAUCACAACAAUGGAAGAUGGGGCUACGAAAACGAUAAGAGUCACCAAGACUAAUACUCCAGCCACAGUUACCCCAAGUGCAUUGGCUCACAAGAAGGCUGAAGAAACGGCGACAGGAACUAAUGCUGUCGUUUACACAUAUGCACACGGCACAGGAACGGGGACAGGAACAGCACACGGUUCACAACCAACCCAUCACGUCAAAGUUGGCAGAGAUGGAAAGAUCGCCUAUGAGCCGCCGUUCGUUAUGGCCAGUGCUGGUGAUAUCGUCCGAUUCACCUUCUUCCCUCGGAACCACUCUGUUACAUCUUGCUCUAGGGAUGACCCUUGUGUGAAGGAUGGAGUCUUUGAUUCAGGAUUCAAAGCUACUUUCAUCCAAAACUCUACAGCUUUCCUCGACUUCCCUGUUAGUGAUGAUAAGAAGCCAAUGUUCUUCUACAGCAAAACCAAGGGUGAGUGUAAGCAAGGCAUGGUAUUCGCCAUCAACCCUAAGAACGAAUCGGACUUCAAGAGCUUCCAGGAUAAGGCGAAGAACUUCGAUGAGAAUGAGGCCAGAAAAAAGCAUCAUCACCACAACUGGAACGGUACACACAGCGCGGAAUGGAACCGUACACACAACGGAACAGAUGGGAUGAAUAGAAUGAAUUGGACCCACAGCCUCGAAUGGAACCGAACACACAAUGGAACGAAUGGAACGAACAUCACAGCUUGGACCAUUCAUAUCGCUCCUCCCCCUGCUGCAACACCUAUCAAACUCCCUCGAUACUACUAGUCGGUAACAUCUUGCAAUAAUGCUUGGGGUACAGGCAUUUGAAUCCAAAAAAUUUUAGCUCCGAAG